AUGGACAUACGGAACUUUUUUAAGAAACCUAAAUUAGACGAUAGUCUUAAUGGACCGUUAGAUAAUACAAAAAGUAUGACUAUAGAGACUAAUUCCACAAGUACAGUUGCUAUUACUAACUUGAGUAAAGGUGGUAGUUUUACUGACCAAGUUGAAAAUGUUGAAAACAAGGAAGUGGCUUGUUAUAAAAAUGAUAUAGGACACUACUUGGCAAAUACAAAUUCAGGGUUACGAAAACAAAUAGAAUAUAAUAGACAAAAAUUAAAACCAAUAAUUUCAAGCAUUUUGUUUUGUGCAACUCAUGAUCUUUCUCUACGGGGAAAAACAUCAAAUUCAGGCAUAUUUAAUGAUCUUUUACUUUUCUGGAUUGAAUCAGGUGAUGAAUUAUUACAAAAACAUAUAUCGGAGAAUGCGGGAAAUGCCAAAUAUACAUCACCUCGAAUUCAAAAUGAAAUCAUUUCUAUAUGUGGAAAGUUAAUUAAAAAUGAUAUAGUUAAUUUAACUAGCGCUGCAAAUGCUUUUUCUGUUAUUGCUGACGAAACUGCAGAUAUUUCUGGAACAGAACAAUUGUCAAUAGAAAUUCGAUUUUUAGACAAACACUCAAAUCCACCAAAAAUUCAGGAAUAA